AUGAGUGAAUCAUCACUUCGUUUUAAUGAUCCAUAUUAUAUUGAGACAUCGCCGUAUUCGUCUUACAGUACGAAUUCUUACCCAUUUCGUCAGCCAACAUAUUCUCACCUGACAUCGCCAAAUGUCUAUUUUUCAUCGUCAGCGGCAUCUCAACUAACUUAUUCAGAUCCAAUAUCCUCCUAUUCAAAUUAUGAUACAAAUUAUUUAAAUGUUGCAGUAGCAGCUGCUGCUUAUCAAAACGGUUAUCAAAAUCACUAUGAAAAUAAUACAGUUGGUGAUUCGAUUGAUGUUAACUUUUCAAGACAUAUGAGUGGAUUGUAUACAAAUAGUAGUGAACAAGAAAUUGAAGCAGAUACUCCACAAGAAAAAUCAUCUAUAUCGAUCGCUCAAUCAAGCAGAAAGAGGAAAUUUCAAGAUGAAACAAUCAGCAAGCGCAAAUCACAAUAUGAAUCAGAACUUUGUCGCGUAUGCGAUGAUGUGAGCUCCGGAUAUCAUUUUGGUGUAUUUACAUGUGAAGCCUGUAAAGGAUUUUUUCGUCGUUACUCAAAAAAAUCAACUAUUCUUGAACCAUGUCCUAUACGAUGUUGCAUAAAUAAAGAUAAUCGUAACAAUUGUGCAGCAUGUCGUUUCGAUAAAUGUAAAUGUGUUGGCAUGGCUUUAGAUAAGAUUCGUUUUGGUAAGCCUCCGAAAUUAUUUCGUUCAUCAUCCUUAUCAACAUCAAGUGUUAAACUCGAACCGAAUAAUAAUGAUUUUCAAUUAAUGUUGAAAUUACUUGAAUGCUAUCAAUCAUUUGAAGAAUAUGAACAAACAACAACAACAACAAAUACUCAUUCGUCGAUUAUAUUUCAAUUUUGUCAUCGUUUAGCUGAUAUUGUUAUGCAUGAAAACGAACGUGUACCAGAAACGUUUCUUGCACGUUUACAACGACACGAAUCAGCAAUAAAAUUUUUAAUAACUGGUGAAAACGAUCGAAAUUUGUCAUCAUGGAGUAAAGAACCGCAAGCAUGGAUAUUUGCACACAAUGAACGAUGGCGUCUUAUUAUGAUUUUACUUAUAUUAGCUUAUGAUGAUGAACAAAUUGGUGGCGGACCAUUGCUUGUUUUACUAUCGAAUUCAUCGUUAGAUGCGAAUGAAAAUUUAUAUAAUUCAUCAAAUGAUACAGUUAUUGAAAGAAUUUUACGUUUAUUUGAACUAGAAUAUGAUCAAGAAAAAGAAGCUCGAGCCUAUACAGAUGGAUCAAAUACAUACAGUAGUUUAACGAACGAGAAAAAUAUAAAAUAUAUGAAAGCACAAUUUGUUUUGCGUUUUGUUGAUAUGAUGGCAAAUGAUAUGAUAUCGAAUCGAUUUUCUUCACCAAUCAUUAAUAAUGAUUUAGUAAAUCCAUAUUUUAUUUCAGAAGAAAAUAUAUAUAGUAAUACAAAUGAAUUAAUUUAUUUACCAUGUGAUGAUAGAAUACAACUACCAACAACAACAACAAAUAUUAGUCAAUUAAAUAAUAGUUCUAGUGAAGUUCUUUAA